AUGGUCCGUUUAACAUUGAACCAAACGACCCAUGAAGAAUGGCUGGCACAGAACUCGGUUCUGUCCUCGAGCUUGAGCUCAAGCACACCUCAGAACCAACCAGAUGCAGAUGAUACGACUUUCUUUAGUUGUGACGAAGAAUCUAUUCAUGGGUCGGAGCUACAAAAUAGAUCCCCAUGCGCGGUUAAACCCUCCUCUAUGGAAGAGAAGGAUGAAGAAACCGACGAAGAAAACGAGACGAAUAUUCUACCGGCAGACACCGACGAUAACAUCUUAACUGAGGAGCUUCAGGCACCCCUGACACCCCGUGUGCAGCGUAAAGACGAUUCAGAAGACGAAGAUUAUUCAGAGGACGAAGAUGUCAUCUUUGGAUCUCGGAGGGCUCCGCUUGUCCUAGGUACUAGGACUCCCUCCCAGACACAGAUACCGAUUGCUGUUGAUGAGGAUAGCGACGACAAUAAUAACGAUAACGACGACGACAGUGAUGACGACGACGACUAUCAAAACAAAAGCGAAGACAGCGACAGCUCAGAAUUCAUGCCUAGCCCACCUCCUCAGAAAGCUAAGACCCCUAGAACACCAUUUAGUGUCAGCAGCCCUACAAAACUGAAUAGAACAUCAUCAAAGCCCGUCCCAGCCUUCUUGCGGAGAUUGCAGGGCAUCCAACAAGAAGUACCGGAUGACCAGGUGUUGGAAGAGAUACAACCUAGCCCUCGGAAGCAAAGGCCACGCAUUAGUCUGAAGAGAGAUCCCAGCCUAGCAGUCGUAUCUUCAGUGCCGUCCCUAUCAAACGAUGAGAUUGAUACAUUAAGUAGAGAACUGGGAGAUCUAGCGGUGGAUGAGGACCACGUUCUUGAACAAUUUAAGCGUCCUCCUAAAAUCGUCCAGAGAACAUCUUCGCGAAUUUUCGACCUGUCUGAUUCCGAGUCAGAUCUAGAAAUUGAAAUCAAGAAGCCCUCGAUACCUCCACCAGCGACCAACAAGACUUCAUCCACUCCUAAGCCCAAAACAACUAUGAACCCACGAGUAACAUCAAAGUCUGGUAAACCACUUGCUCCGAAGACCGUAGAGCGGCUCCGCAAGAAGCAAUUUGAAGAGUCAAAAGUGGAAAUUUCGAAUGACUAUCUGAAGCUUUUGGAUGACACCGUCAAUGGCGGUGCCGUUGAGAGGCUAACCGCUGCUACAGGCGGAAUUAAACUUGUUUGGACCAACUCUAAGCAAACCACGGCUGGAACAUGUCAGACGGUCAGGUAUAGUGCAGGCCUUGGCGAAGAGAGAACGUCUGCCUACUUCUCCUGCGUAAUCACUUUGGAGUCCAAAGUCUGUGACGACGUCGAGCGUAUCAAAGAGACACUAGCGCACGAAUACACACACGCCUGCGUUGAUAUUCUAGAGAUUGAUCGCAGACAGCUCAAAUCUGAGGGCCCACAUGGAAGGUUGUUCAAAACCUGGGCUAAGAAAGUUGGGAAGGCUAUGAAUAUCGAGACACCCGACACCUGCCACAAUCAUGAGAUCAACUACAAAUUCGAGUAUCAGUGUACACUGUGCGAUCGAAUCUAUAAAGCACAUAGCCGAAAGCCGGCCUGGACGACAUCUAAGGGCUGCGAGCUGUGUAAAGUACCACUCGUACAGAUCAAGCCGGUACCUCGAACUGCUAAGGGUCCUACGCCCUACCAAACCUUUCAGAAGGAAACAUUCGCAAAGUUGAAGCAGGAGCUUCCGUCUGGUACACCAUUUAGUCUCGCAAAAAUGCAGAAAGAGGUGAAUAGACUUUGGAAAGAGGAGAAAUCGAGGAACAAGCCUGGAACGGCAGCUGCUGAUGAAAGCCCCAUAAAAAAGGUCGGGGGUAUAAUUGACAUAGGGUCCGACUCUGAUGAAAACGAAACGAGCAUGGCGAGGUUUGAAAAGCUUGUCAUCACGAUUGAUGAUUAA